AAAGCCAAACAAGCCCUAACUAAACUAGUUUGCACACUGCGCAGCACAGACACAGAGAGAAGAAAGAAGCAGAGGAAGAGGAAGAAGGAAUGGAGGACAUGAAGAAGAGAAAGCUGGGAGAAGCAUCGGGUGACGGAGAGACAUCAUCAGAAGAAGAGAUGCGUUCGCUGCUUGACCCUCUACCUAAGCCCCAGCUCGUCCAUCUUCUUUCUAAACUAGGCUCCCAAUAUCCCUCAAUUGCAGAAGAAAUUAGAAGUAUUGCCAGUGCAGAUCCUGUCCAUCGAAAGCUUUUUGUUCGUGGCUUGGCCUGGAAUACCACCUCAGAAACCUUGUGUGCUGCGUUUCUAAUGCAUGGAGAAAUAGAAGAAGGAGCUGUGAUCUAUGACAAAGCAACUGGAAAAUCACGUGGUUAUGGCUUCAUUACUUACAAAAAUAUGGAGUCAGCUCAUAAUGCAUUGAGAGCACCUAGUAAAAUGAUUGAUGGCCGAUUGGCUGUUUGUAAUCUUGCUUGUGAGGGCUUAAGUGGAGCAAGUACAACGCAUGAUUUAGCCCAGAGGAAGCUCUACAUUGGGGGCUUGUCACCAGAUAUCACUAGUGAGAAGCUGCUCGACUUUUUUGGGAAGUAUGGUGAUAUAGAAGAAGGUUCAGUUGCAUAUGACAAAGACACAAAUGAAUCACGUGGGUUUGGCUUUGUGACAUACAAGACAGUGGACGCUGCAAAGAGGGCUAUAGAUGAUCCAAACAAGAUGCUUGGGGGGAGGAAUAUUAUUGUGAAGCUUGCUGAUUCCCACAAGGGGAAAUUGCAACAAACACAGUUACCCACAGCAGUGGUUCCAAUGGCAUUACCUAUGGCAGCUGCAUACCAACAGCCUGGAAAUGCACACGCUGGCACUCUUCCUGUUGGCUACUCAUACCCUCAAACUGUAGCAUCAUACCCUGCUUCUUCUUUCCCUAGUCCUCCUGCACCUGCUCCAUACCAGACACAACCUCAAAUUCACUAUGCACCAGUCAACUUAAAGAAAGAACCCCUUGGACUCCCAUCAGCACCAAUGGGAUUUGGCGGGUACCCAUAUUAUAUUUCCAAACAGUAACCGUGAGUCUAUUAUUAUAGAGAUGGAGAUUAAAAAAUCUCCAUCUCUCUUCUCUCUUUGUUACUCUGAUCUUAAAAACUGCUACUACUACAGUGGUAGUUUCAUUUCUCACCUAUUCUGUUGUAUGUCAUGGUUUUGUGCACGUGGGAAACUGUUUGGUGAGAAUAGGUGUUGCCAAUUCAAAGAUUUCAUGGAAUCUAAUCUUUGGAUAUUUUGUUUUUUUGUAAUGUUAGCCAUGAAUAAUGGAUACAAGUUUAUUUACAGUGGUAGGGAUAGUUUCUCACUAGUUCUGUACAUAUAAUGUUUCGUCUUUGCUUGGAACAAAAGUAGAGAGUAAUAAUUAAGUUCUUAAUAUUGGUUUC